AUGAGAGGUUUCUUUGCUAUCACAAGAGCCUUUGUAGCUCCUAUUGCAAAAUCCACUUUCAAAUUCUCAAGCUAACAACAGAAAAUUCAAAUGAGAAUUGUGCUCAAUCAAAUAAAUCAAAUUAUUAGACUGUCCUCCACUAUGUCAGGAUUGAGGAUUGCUAACCAAUACGAUUUAUCACUAUUUUCCUUAUUAGAGGAGGCUAAAGGUAAUUUAUUUAUAUAUUAUCAAAAUUAAGAUGACUCGGUGGAGGUGGAUAUCAGGCAGAUUGGCUUACACUUAGGAUGUUCUAUUACCCCUUGAUUAAGCAAUAUCAAAAUAUAUAUAUAUAUUAAAAUAUUCAAAAUUCCAUGACAGAAA